AUGGCUUCGCCUAAUGGUUUUUUUAACCACUUUACCUAUUUUCUGGCUGCUGGUGCUUUUACUUUGGGAAUUGGUUUCUUUGCUUUGGCAUCUGCUUUGUGGUUCCUGAUUUGCAAACGAAGAGAAUUAUUUCAAAAUUCCAAAUUUAAUAUAACUGAUGAGAGAUGCAAGCAAAGACCAUCAGUGGCGAAGAUUAAAUCUCGUUCUCCAUGUGUUUUUAUUUCUCGAAAUUUUCACACUGGAGGAUUUCAACUGCAGGAGGAACAAAGAAAACAGGAAGCAGCACGUAUAACAGCAAUUGAAGGUCACUCUAAAGAUGAACUCUGCCUUGCAACAGAAAAGGUCACUUGUGACUGUGACCCCUCAGAGACUAGCUCAGCAACAAAUUGCAGCAGUGUCACAUUAAGUUUAUCAACAUUGCCAUCUGAUUCUUAUUACAGCCAAAGUAUAGAAGCAGCUAAUGACUGGUUUUCUGAUGAUUCUUUAGUGAAAAAGAACUCUCCAAUGCCUUAUCUCACGGAACCGCUAAUGGAAAAAGUAUUUUCAUACCUGUCAACCAUUUCAUUAGAUCGAAAUGCACUGAAUAUGACACUAAAUGAUGAUCAAAAAGUUGGCAGCAUUAAGGAAACAUGUUCAUGAAGAAACACAGAGGUUGAAAUACAAAACCUUCAAC